AUGCGCAUUACUCGUCUUCGGGCAGCUGCAACUCGAUGGGUGGAGACACAAGCCGCAGAGCUGCACGGCGUUUCCGUGCUCGGCUCCUCUCCAGCUUUGGUCUGGGCGCACGGACUUGGAGGCAGCUGCGAGGCGGAUGACGCAAGGGGUGUAGAAGAAAUCUUGGAUCCCGGAAAGUUGGGUAACCGCACCGUCCUGCGGCUCGACCUGCGUGGUCACGGCCGCUCGGCUGGCGCGCACGACCCAGGCCGUGGGCAGCAGCAGUAUACCUGGCCCGAGUUGGCCAAGGACCUGCGGCGAGCUGCCGCAGAUUCUGUGUCCCGGUGCUUUUAUGGCGGCGAAGCAUUGGGAGCCGCGGUGGCGUUGCACGCUGCCGUAGCCGCCACUGCCACAGGCUCUGUGGACGCCCCACCAGGUUUGGUACUGAUGCGGCCGCCGCUGGCCCUGGCACAGGUUGCCCGGGGCGAGGCGGACUCGGCCUGGCAGGAGCUGCUGCUCCGACAAGCUGCGACACUUGAAGCCGAGGGCUUCGAGGGCCUGGAGGCAUUGGAGGCCACACAAAGUGGACGGCCGCUUCUCAAUGGCGCUGCGGCCUUCUUUGCAGAUCCCAACGUCGAGCAGCUUUGCGCACUGCGGCGUGCCAUGAGCAAGGAUGCGCUUGCAGCGGCUGUGCGGGGGCACGCAGAGUCUCAGCAGCCUGAUCUACAGUUGAUAAGCCGCCUCAAGGAGAACCUGGCAAAAGCACCUUCAACCAUGGCAGCCGAUGCCUAUGGUGUGCCGUUGACUCCAGGCUGUCCUGUGCUUCUGCUGGCGGUGGCCGCAGAUGGAGAGCAUCCGGUGAAGGCGGCAGAAGAUCUGGCUUCUGCGCUGCCGAAUGCUGAGCUGGAGGUGGCUGCAGACCUUGCGCAAGCAAGAGCGACAUGGGCCGAGAGGAUCGGCAGUUUCCUUCGUAAAGCAUGGAUGAAAGAAUUUCUGACGAAGCGUAUCAUGCCUCAGUGA